AUGUCUACUUCAUUUACAAAGUCUCUCCAGGCAGCGGAGAUGUUUCCAGAUGUGCCCUUCGAAGCUAUCCAAAAGGCUGUGGAGGACAACAAAGGUGAUUUGGAAAAGGUAGCAGAAGAAUUGUUGAGCUAUGAAGCGCUGACACAUCCAAAGAAUAGUGAACAUAGGCCUUCUGCUGUGAUAUCGAAACCGUCCAAGCCAAAGGUCAAUCAUACAAAGCCCGAUGUAAAGUCUCCCCAGUCUGACCCUCGUUUAUCUGUUCUGAGUAGCUUGCUCUCGUGCUCUCUGGAUCGCGUGAAAUCCAAAUAUCAGAAAACGAAAGAUAUCAAGAAAACGGUGCGUGAAAUCAUCCAGCUGGGCUGGAAUCUGACUGACAGUCAGCUUGCAAGCAAGUAUAGCAAACAGCUGGCCGUGAUAUUGGAGUCUAAACGAACAAAUCCUUAUCUCAACAAUCUAGAAAAACGCUUUUAUCUUGACUGUUUGGAGUAUUUUGGGGGUGAUGUACACCGAACUAUACAACUGGCUACUUGGAUGCAGAACCCUGGUUCUAGCCCCAAGUCCAUGCCCACGUCAAAGCCACUGCCAUCCUCUUCGCUUUCUUCUUCCAUUUCGCUCGGUGGACCGUCCGAUCCCCUUCAAGAAAUCAUAGAUGAUGCACUCAAAACGAAUAAGUUGGAUUUGCAUGGGUUGUUAGUCUCAGAAGCUGAACACUGCGUACAACAGGUUUUGAAAUCUUGGUGGAAAUUCGAAAUGGAACAGAGAAUUCUCGAUGGAACCAAUUUGCGCGGAAAAAAGGCCAUGUAUGUGGGGUAUUUGGAUAUCAUCACAGGAAGGGGUUUCCAUAGUAGUGGAGGAGUACCAAGGUUAAGGAACCUGGUUCACCGGAUUCUUAACUCAGAGAAUUACAUUUUUGAUGACAUUGUUCUAGGAUUCAAAGUCAUGGGCAAGAAAAGAUGA